AUGGAUAGAGAGCACGAGGCGCUGUCCACCGACUCCUUCGGGGUCUGGUACCAAAAUGAGCUGCCGGUUGGCUCAUUAUCUAUCAUGGACGCCGACGCAACCUACCACGAACCCCUUUCUACAGAUGCGCCUCUGUCCACUCGCUCAAUUGGCCUCACUGGUACAUUAUCUCUCCACGAUUAUCGCAAGCAACUUGCACAGGCUGCAGAGUGCAUCGACGAUCCCGUAGAUCGUUCCGAAAAGACACUCCGACGCAAAACAGGAACAAGCAAUUUAAACCGUCCACCAGAAAAUACUACCGUUCCAUACGCAGUCUCAACGGCGUCAUCGGUAGCUUCAACUCCACCACCACUAUCACCGUCGUGUUCGCACAGCGUUCUCUCUGUGCGAAGUGAGCAAGACGAGGUCUCAGAAUCUAGUCAGCUGCAGUCCGGUGCGCCUACCCAGGGACCACGAGUUAGCCUUGUCUCGGAACAUCUGACCCGUCCUAGACCCAACAGGAAACGAUUGAAUACAUUUCGCCAGAAGCUCGAGGCGCGGGGACAGGCUCAGAAUUCGCCUUUGUCUCGCCCCCAGAAAUCAGAUCCGAUGUUGGCCACCACAGCCGCCACCAUCUCGCAUGGCGGGGCCUCCUUUGAGAUUCUGAACCCGCGAAAGUCCUUGGACUUCGCUCGGAUUGUCUCCUUCAUCGAAGAUGUCGAUAGCUGUUCCAUCUUCUCGGACCAAGGUCGAGAUUCAAAGGUCUCCACAUUCUCCAUAGAUCAGGGACUGGAUCGAUACUCUCUCUCCCAGUUCACGGAUGCCUCAUUACCAUCCCAUUAUUCUUCUCAAUCCUUGUAUACCACCACCCCCUUUUCAUCGAGCUAUUCCACACCCAAGAGGCAAACAGCCGAUAUCCCAUCCAGCUCAUUCUCAGAUUGCUCUUCCAAUCUACAUGACUCCUGGGGCUCAUACGAGUCAAAACAACUACACGACAUGGUCGGAGAAUCCCCACGGCCACGCAUGGCAUCCAUCUCAGAGCGUCUAGAAGAAAGAGAGGAUCUACCCUCCGAUCCCGACUCCCCACGUCCACUCUCAUCUUCCCCAGCAACCCACUACUCGGGCGAAAGCGAGAUCGGCGAGCCGGGCUCCCCAGUCUACGCCAACGGCGAAUGGUCGCAGGUCGACGGCCGAGACCGAGGCAUCUUCCUCGAGCUCCCACCAUCUUACGAAAAUGAAAAUGGUCACGAAACUGAAAAUGAACAUGACAACCCUCCUUCCCCUUACGAUACAUACCUCGCCAACACUAUGUCCCCUGCCUACUCACAUCACGAUCACGACUAUGACCCAAUCUACCAUGACCCCCAUGUUCAAUCCGUGCUGGCCGCAGCCAAUGCUGAGACAAUGGGCCUCCGCGGGCAUCCUGCUCGUGCGCUGGACGACUUGCAGCGGAGGUUCCAGAGCUCUGUUUCCCUCGGAGACGGGAAGAGCAAAGGCGAUAAGCUAUCCCAGCGGAAAAAGCUACGAAAGUUCUUCAGCUGGCGGUCUGGGAACUGA